UUAGAUUUCUGACUUAUCGCUUCAAGAUACUUUUGCUAGUUUUAAGCUCUUGUUCCAAAUCUAUCACAUGUUAGUAGAAAUUCUAGAGCAGAAUCUAGCACGGAUGGUUUCAAAGCAUUCCCAGUUAGUAUGCUUUUACAUAGUCUUGGUCAUGGUUUGGGAUAGGCCUGCAGUUUCUUUUUCAACCAUCAGUUCUCUUCCUGGAUUUUCUGGUUCACUUCCCUUCAAGCUUGAAACAGGAUACAUAGGGGUGGGAGAUGUGGAAUUCUUCUACUAUUUUAUUGAAUCAGAAAGGAAUCCAGCGGAGGAUCCUGUCGUGCUGUGGCUCACUGGCGGACCUGGCUGCACUGCUCUCUCUGGGUUUUUUCUUGAAAUAGGCCCCUUGAAAUUUAACAUGGUCGAGUACAAUGGCAGCUUACCAACUUUUGCUCUGAACCCUUACUCUUGGACAAAGGUUGCAAACAUAAUCUUCCUAGAUGCACCUGUUGGCACAGGAUUUUCUUAUUCAAGGACUUUCCAAGGUUUCAAGACCGGGGAUAAGAAAUUUGCUAAUGAUGGGUACAAUUUUAUGAGGAAGUGGUUGCAAAGUCAUCCCAAAUUCAUCACAAAUCCAUUCUAUCUUGCUGGUGACUCAUACGCUGGGAAGAUUGUUCCCAUAAUUGCUCAAGCAAUAUCAGAUGGUACUGAAGAAAGGGGCAUUCCAGCAAUUAAUCUCAAAGGUUAUUUGAUUGGUAAUCCAAGAACAGAUUGGAGAGUUGAGGACAACUCAAAGAUUUCAUUUUAUCAUCGUAUGGCACUUAUCUCUGAUGAACUUUAUGAGUCAGCCAAAAGGAAUUGUAAAGAAAAUUAUAUAGAAGUGGACGUCAGCAAUCUAUUGUGCGCAAAAGAUCUUCAAGCUAUCUCAGAGUGCACUGCAGACAUAAAUGUACCACACAUCCUGGAGCAUAACUGCCCUUCUGACUUUAGAGCAUUGGGUAGUUUAGACAAUAAACGGAAAUAUUUCCUAGAAACACAUGAAGACAACCUGCGUGUGCUAGCUGAGUUCCCCAAAUUUGGAUGUCGUAACUACAAUUGUUACCUAUGCAAGGUUUGGGCAACUGAUAUCAGUGUCCAGAAAGCACUCCAUAUCAGAAAGGGAACAGUCAGAGAAUGGGUAAGAUGUAACAACAGCUUACUUUAUGAUAAAGAUGUUGAGAAUGCUGUAGGCUAUCAUCUCUUUCUCAAUACAAAAGGUUACAGGGCUCUAAUAUACAGUGGUGAUCAUGACUCAGGUGUUCCGUAUGUGGGAACUGAAACAUGGAUUAAGUCCCUGAAUUUCUCAAUCGUUGAUGAUUGGAGGCCAUGGUUUGUUGAUGGUCAAGUUGCAGGAUACUCAAGGGAAUAUGAAAACAACUUCACCUUUGCGACCAUAAAGGGAGGGGGUCACACAGCUCCAGAGUUCAACCCUAAGGAAUGCUUUGGCAUGUUCAAGAGAUGGAUUUCCCCUGAACGAUUGUGAUCAACUGCUAGUUCCUAGCUGAUCUUGAAGACCUGAAACCCUGGUGUGUGUUGCAAUUAUACCGACCAAUUAAGCUAUGCCAGAUUUGUUGCCUUUCCUUUGAAUGUAUGUGAUCAACUGCUAAUUCCUAGUUGGUCUUGACGACUGGAAAACCUGGUGCAUGUUGCAAUUAUAUUGACCAUGUAAGCUAUGCUGGAUUUGUUGCCUUUCCCUUGAAUGUUUGUGAUCAACUGCUAGUUCCUAGUUGGUCUUUAAGACAUGAAAACCUUGUGCCCAUUGCAAUGAUAUUAUGCUGGAUUUGUUGAGUUAUUGAGGCACAUAUCUUUACAUGUGGUUGGUAGAACAUUGGACUCAGUUAUUUCAUCGUAUGGUCAUUUUUUGUUUUUUUUUUUGGAUAG